AUGGGUAUCACCUUCUCCAAGAUUUUCGACAGACUAUGGGGACGCAAGGAGAUGCGGAUUCUGAUGGUCGGUCUCGACGCUGCCGGAAAGACCACCAUCCUGUACAAGCUCAAGCUCGGUGAAAUCGUCACCACCAUCCCCACCAUCGGCUUCAACGUCGAGACUGUCGAAUACAAGAACAUUCAGUUCACCGUCUGGGACGUCGGUGGUCAGGACAAGAUCCGUCCUCUCUGGAGACACUACUUCCAGAACACCCAGGGUAUCAUUUUCGUCGUCGACAGCAACGAUCGGGAUCGUAUUGUCGAGGCCCGCGAAGAGUUGCAGCGCAUGUUGAACGAGGAUGAGCUCCGUGACGCCCUGCUCCUGGUCUUCGCCAACAAGCAAGAUUUGCCCAACGCCAUGAGCCCUGCCGAAAUCACCCAGCAGCUCGGCCUGCAAAGUCUCACUCGCCGCCCCUGGUUCAUCCAAUCCACCUGCGCCACGACUGGUGAUGGUCUGUACGAGGGUCUGGAGUGGCUCGCCGAGACGCUGCGGAAAACCAACCGCGACUAA